ACUCUUUCUAGGCGGGUGAAGAAGGCUCCUUCCGGGCAGCAUGACGAGUUAGUUGUCCUUCAGUCAGAGCCGCAGCGGUGGUUCCCUGGUCGUGAUGUUGUCCAGCGCUCAGCAGAUGCUGCAGGAGAGCCGGUCCAAGAUCGAGUCACUCCGGCUCCAGAUCCUAAAGGCUGCCCAGAGCGGAGAGACAGAAGAGGGGAACCUCUCCCCUCAGACAGAUGUUUCCCGGCGGACAGAGCUCCAGCAUUACAUCCAGAGAGAGAGCGACGCCCUGGCCCUGGCCACCGACAUCGCCUCUAGCCUGCAGGACCUCAAGAACAUGGAGCCCUCAGCCUCUACUGAGGCGCUGGUGAGGGUCUGUGACACAACCCGUCGGCUGGAGCUCCUGAAGACCUCGCUGGACCGGUGCCAGGAGGAGCCCAGAGACCAUGUUCCCUCAGUGCCUCCUUCUACAGAGCACGCCUCCCUCAGCUUCUCGCCCUCCACGCUCCUCACAAAACCAGCCUGCUUAACCGGCAAACUUGAAGUACAGCUUCUCGGCUGUGAAGAUCUGCUGGAGUCUCUGACAGAAACGGGAUUGCCCCUGACUUCCUGUAAAGUCGAGGUUAGUGCUGAGCUGAAGCUGGAUGGAAGGCUGGUGGGUCGGAGCCGCUGGGGCCCCCCGGGGAGACGGACCUGGGACCAGACCUUCUGCUGCCACCUGGACCGGUCCCGGGAGCUGGAGGUGGAGGUGUGCUGGCGGGACCAACGAGGGCUGUGUGGCGUCCGCUUCCUCCGCCUCGGGGAGCUGAUGGAGGGAACCGACCAAUCACAGAUCUUCAGGCUGGAGCCUCAGGGGGUCCUGUUUGCUACGAUGACCUUCGAUGAGGUCGUCGUGGAACACCCGGCCAAGCUGAGACGUCAGCGAUGCAUCUUCACCAAGGAGAGAGGGAAGAACUUCCUGCGCGCCGCCCAGAUGAACAUGAACUUCUCCACCUGGGGUCACCUGAUCAUGAGAGUCCUUCCUCACUACAGCUCCUUUGCGACCUCUGACUGUGCGCCCCACCAAUCCCAUGAGACAGAGAAGGAGCCUGAAACCACCAGCUCACUGCCCAGCGAUGUAGCGCUGACCAGGCUGAGGGCGGACGAGGAGCCGGGGAAAUCAAACCACAUCGUACCACAGGAGACACCCAACAGCAACACGGAAACCCAGUUGUGCGACAAACCAAUCGAAGAGAAUGACAGACCUUCUACCAAGUUGCAGAUGGAAGAGUUUAACUACGUCUCGGUCCUGGGCAGAGGUCACUUUGGGAAGGUGCUGCUUGCGGAGUUCCGCAAGACGGGGAAACUUUACGCUGUGAAAGCCCUGAAAAAGUGCGACAUCGUGUCCCGGGAUGAGGUGGACAGCCUGAUGGCUGAGCGGAGGAUCUUGGAGCUGGUCCGGAGGUCCCAGCACCCCUUCCUGGUGCAGGUCCAGGGCUGCUUCCAGACCCACGAUCACGUCUGUUUCGUCAUGGACUACUCCCCUGGAGGAGACCUCAUGAUCCACAUCCACCAGCACCCUUUCAGCCUGGACCAGACCCGCUUCUACUCUGCUUGUGUGGUUCUUGGUUUAGAGUUUCUUCACCAGAAUAAAAUAAUCUACAGGGACUUGAAGCUGGACAACCUCCUGAUGGAUGCUGAUGGCUUUGUCAGAAUCACAGAUUUUGGCCUCUGCAAAGAAGGUAGUACAAGUAUGGGUCAUGGGGAUCGAACAUCCACCUUCUGCGGUACACCAGAGUUCCUGGCCCCCGAGGUUCUUACGGACGACGACUACACCCGCGCCGUCGACUGGUGGGGGAUGGGCGUCCUCAUCUUCCAGAUGCUGGUCGGAGAGUCCCCAUUCCCUGGUGAAGAAGAGGAGGAGGUGUUUGACAGCAUCGUGAAUGAAGAAGUGCAGUACCCGGCCGCGCUGGCCCCCAACGCCGUCCUCAUCAUGAAGAAGUUGCUGAAGAAGAAUCCAGUAAAGAGACUGGGAGGGGGAGAGGGAGACGCUGAGGACGUGAAAGAGGACACCUUCUACCAGAGUUUGGACUGGGCGUGUCUCUUUACCAAGACCCUGCCCCCUCCCUUCCUGCCCAAGAUCAGUGCUCCGUGUGAUGUGAGUAACUUUGACAGCGACUUCACAUGUCUGCAGCCUGUCCUGUCGCCCCUGGCAACGCCCCUCUCCCCACGACAACAGAACAUCUUCCAGGGCUUCGACUACUCCGCCCUCCACAGCUGAGAGAGGGAUGACUACAAUAAUAACCAGUACUACUGUAAUACUACUAACCAGUGCUACAUAUACACCUUCAUGGACAGGAGUAUUACUGCAAUACUAACCAGUACAACUUAAUACUCCUUAAUGGACAGGAGGAGUAUUACCGUAAUACUAACCAGUAUAACUAAUACAACUUUAUGGACAGGGAUACAACUGUAUAACGACAGUACUAAUACACCUGGAGUAGAAAGUAGUAUUACCAUGUUAAAAAACAGUACUACAAUACUAAUACAGCUUUGUGAAAGUAGGUCAACAGAACAAACCACUAUAUAUAUAUAUAUAUAUAUAUAUAUAUAUAUAUAUAUAUAUAUAUAUAUAUAUAUAUAAAAUGUGUUUUAAAUAUCAUUAGGAUAAACAGUAUUUUAUUUGGGGGAUGAACAGCACUUGAGUUGGGAGAUUUACAGUACUUUAAUUGGGGCAUCAACAAUAUUUUAUUUUGGGGGAUUAACAGAGCUUUAUUUGGGAGACAUAUUUAUUUACCAGUUUUAUUUUCUGAUGAUACUAUGCAUCACUGUGACACCGUGUCCACUGCCUUGACCCAACAGAACAACCCUUUUCUGAACACAAGCCUUUUUAAAGAUAUGGAUUAUAUAUAUAAUAUAGGAUGGAUAUAAUAUGUAUGUGUCAAGUGGAGCUCAAAUAUUUGCACUAACAUUGUUUUUGUUGCAGUAUUAUUCAUUCUUGAUGCAUGGAACUGUGCUAAAGUAGGCCAAAUAAAGUAUGAUAUAGUAUUAUAUAACUACUAGUAUUAUAUAAACACAAGCCAUAGAAGAGUAGCCAUAGCAGCAACCAAUAUUUCUUUAUGAGGACUAAAUUAAGAUGAUGUCAGCAUUUAAAACGACUUCCUAAUACUUUAACAGAGGGUGUGUUAACUUCCUGUUGGGGGGGCGGGGGGCGUCGAUUAAAGUGUACCCCUGAACAAGGGACCAACAGCUAGCAGAGAAGAAAGGCUGAUAAUAUUCUGUGUAAAUAGAGGAUGAAUGCUAGAGUUCUUGUACAGUCAACUCCUAUAAAUACAAAUAAAUAAAUAUAUAAAUAAAAUAUAAAUAUGUAUUAUUCAUAUUUUAAUGUGUCCUGAUUAAACAGACUAAAUAACAGUAUAAAUAAAAGGUUACAAAAGUGUUACAGUUCUUGAAAUUGGUCACAGUGACACAGGUUGAGUUA